AAUGUUGACAACUAUUUGGUGGAUGUGUUGACCAAGAGUUCGCCGCAACUCUUUUGGAUACGUUUAAGUAAUUUACUCAAAAUCAAUAGUCAUUACCAUUGGAGCGAGCGGUCGACCAAAGAUUUUAGUAGUUUUCAAAAUAAGGGUUUAAACAAAAGGGAUGCCAUUAGGUGUGUCACCAUUGAUAGGGAGACUGGAGUUUGGAAUCAGACCAACUGUAAUGACAGUGCCUUUGGUUUUAUGUGCUCCCCGUCUGGCCCUCAAUCACCAUAUAAUCUGAGGCGAAGAAUCAAAAAGAUUGCAAACAUUUUCGGAACCACUGAAUGGAGUGCACAACCUGUUGUACCCCAACCCACACCCAGCAAAUGCAAUAUAUCGGGCCUUAAAUGGGAUGAUAGCAUAAAAUAUGGCGAUUCUUGUUAUCUAUUUAUGACUCAAACGCCUCUCAGUUGGACAGAAGCUCAG